AUGCCAUCGUACCAAUUCAACAUUCCUGCUGUCUACAAGGGAUGGAACUGGUCUGAGCGGUUCCCGGGCGACGAGGAGCUACGCCGGUACUUCAAGCACGUUGAUAAUGUGCUUGGCCUCAGUGAGGAUACCUUUUUCAAGACUAUCGUCACCCGAGUGCAGUGGGAUAAUACUUCGCGUCGGUGGAUUGUGCACACAGAUACCGGGCUUAUUGCUAGCUGCAAAUAUCUGGUCGCUGCCACUGGAUCCUCCUACAAGAAACACUAUCCUCAAUUUAAUGGAUUUGAAAAGUACUCAGGGCAACUCGUGCACUCUGCGGAUUAUCCUGAAUCCUUGGAUGUGCAGGGCAAACGUGUUGGUGUCAUCGGCAACGGCGCUUCCGGCCUUCAAAUCGUGCAGAACCUCGCUAAAGAAAACUGCGAACUGAAGGUAUUCAUCCGCACACCUUGCUUCGCCAUUCCAAUGAAGCAGCGUAUCAUCCCACCCGAAGAGUCCGAGAUGAUGAAGGGUUACUACGACGGCAUUUUCGAUCGUUGCUACAAAUCCACCGCCGGCUUCCCGCACAACACCAUUCUCCAGUCAGCACUCCAGGCGAGUCCCAAAGAGCGAAAAGAAUUGUUUGAUGAGCUUUGGGCUCGUGGCGGAUAUAGUUUCCUGGUUUCCAACUACUAUGACUUCUUGUUGAACGAGGAGGCGAACGCCAUCUUUUACGACUACUGGGCUCAACAAGUGCGUGCUCGCAUGACGGACGAGACGAAGAUGGAUAUCGUCGCUCCAUUAAAACAGCAUAUGCUUGUUGGAACAAAGCGUCCUAGUCUUGAACAGGAUUACUACGAUAUGGUUGAUCGCCCUAAUGUGACUGUGCACAACCUGAAGAAGUCUCCUAUCAUCGAAUUCGAUUCCACUGGCAUCUUGACAGGCAAUGAUGAGACCACAGAGCACCAUGAUCUCGACAUCGUCAUCUUCGCUACUGGUUACGAUGCUGUCACUGGCAGUAUAUUGGACCUAGGCAUCAGCGACAAGAAUCAAGUGCCUCUGGCCGAGAAGUGGAAGGAGGGAACCCUAACAUAUCUGGGGAUUAUGGUCCCUGAUGCUCCGAAUCUUUUCAUGGUCUACGGACCCCAGGCCCCUACGUCUCUGGCCAACGGGCCUCCUUUCAUCGAGAUGGAAGUCGACUGGAUCUGCAAGGCUAUCCAGAAGAUGCAGGAAGAGGGACUCGAGUCUGUGGAGGCUACUACCAAGGCUGCUCAAGAGUGGAAAGAUCAUGUUUAUGCUGUCAGCCAGUACACUCUGUACCCUAAGACCGAUUCGUGGUAUAUGGGCUCCAAUAUUCCUGGCAAGAGACGGGAGCCACUUAUCUAUCUAGGUGGUAUGCAGAAUUGGUGGCAGAAGUGUACUAGUGCCUUGGAGGGGUGGGAGGGAUUCCAAACUUUAUCUUGA